CCCAUGUGUAUUCUUGCUUCUGAGGCACGUUGCGUGCCCUCUUGGGCCGGUAGGUUAAUUGAAACGCCCCUCAUUCGUGAUGCAUGUGAUGCCAGGCCCGUAGUGUCUGGUGCCAUGGACCGUUGUCUUGGGAAGCCCUACAGAUCCGGUAUGGUGACAUCUUGAGGCGAGCAACGUGGGAUAAGAGACCGUGCACAAGGCGUUCGCGGGUGGGAUGGCCUGAUUUGAG